UUGUUCCAUUGUGCAGCCCUUACGCUAGGUGUUAGUGGACUCCCUAGAGUGCCAUCCCCCUCCCCUCACCUCACCUAGCCUACAUUAACGCUGGAUAACCGCCGGACCCAAAUUCACGGCAUCUUUUGGCCCCUCCUCUCGAUCUUUUGCGACCAUUUUCUUCUUCUACAUUGCAUUGCGAACUGAUAGUUUCUUUUUCAUUUGUAACACAUCCAAAACGAUUUCGACCCAGCAUUCUCCCAGGAAGCGUUGUUACCGACUGCCGCUAUAUCAAUCUAGAACAUCUCGUUACCGCCCGCUAUCAAACACUAACUGGCUGGCUCAAACCUUGUUUGCGCACGCGGCGCCCAUCUGAUCCCCUAAUAUCCACCCUUCCGAAACUUUCUUUGACAGAAUGGAAUAUACACAAUUUGAGUCCGGCGAGCGCCGAACCUACAUGGAGAUGAGGCAAAAGCCUGCUCCCAAGAACACCUUCUUCAGUCUCAUCAACGAGUCCCAACCAAAGCGACCAAUCUCGGUUGCAACUGAGUUUGUAGAUACUGACUGGGAUGGAGACGACCAAAUUAUUAGCGAUGACGAGGAGAACUCUCCUCGUGUCAGCGUUCGAUCUGCUGACCAGACAACUCUUUCGUCCUUUGACGAGAUCCCAACACCUCGAUCAAGUCGUAUGGACCACUUCUCUAAGCAGAUCCAGGGACCCAGCGGUCCUCAUCUCUUCCGCAGUUCCACAGAUCCCUCAAAUCUCUGCAGCACACAAGAUGAUACAAUCCUAUCCAUGUCUCCUAUUACGCCGAAGCCCAGAGGAUAUGGUGAGAUUGUCAUCCAGCCUCCUCCCUUGCCUUAUACUCAGUUGCCUCCCACGAUCCAGCCGCAACCAGUUCUUGAUUUAGCUACGUUGGUCGACUGGACCCCAGAGAUGGUGGCAGAGUACAUGUUUGAGGCUGGUAUCGACGGUGCUAUUGCUGAUCGAUUCAUUGAAAAUGAUAUUAACGGUGCAAUCCUACUCACACUCAAGUUUGAAGACCUACGCGAGCUGAGUAUCAAGUCGUUUGGCAUUCGCACCAGAGUCUGGCAGCACAUUGAAACUCUCAAGAAGGGUCCCAACGCCUCGCCUAUUUUGACCACACCCAUUGAAGACCAACCUAGCCGCGAAGUUCGCAGAGAGUUGAGACACACUGAGGAGCCUACUACCAAGAGACAACCAAGCACAAGAAGAGGAAGACAACCAAUGAGUGACGGCAUCACCCCCAACGAAUCAGUAUCUAUUGUUGGGAUUGAGCAAGUCAUUCCAAAGCCCCAUCACUGCUCCAAAGGAGAGAACUGCAGUAAAUGGAGAAGAACGGAGCGUGCCAUUGCACAAUUCAAGCGCGAGCACCCCAAUAUUGACAUCCAAGCCUCGGGUACAGUCCUUGUCCGUGGUGACGCUGCCAAUCUUGAGACUGCACGCGCAUUGGAUGCUAGUGAAUUCAUGAGGCCCUACUCUGAAGCUGUGAACUCUGUUGUUGCUUCAUCAGAUGUUAUGGGCCCAGGAAUGCCACCAAUGCAAUAUCUCCAGGAGGCCUCGCUUCGAGCCGUCCAAACUCGAGAUCCCCAGGACAAUGUCCGACAGUUUCUCAGCUUCCAGCGUCCCCUCCUCGCUGGCGAAGAAGUCCCUCCUACUCCUCCCUUUGAGAUUAUCUCAACAGUGCAACCUCACCAUGGUUUACGCCGUCUUCCCAAGUUGUCCAUCCCACUCAAUGAGGAAGCCAAGCGCCAGCGCAUGGGACAUGCCAGAUCAUCAUCAAGCUCUUCCCAUCUUCAGCGACCACAACAAGUCCAAGAGCAAGCCCGCGAUGUCCAGCCUGCAUACUCUGAGCGAUCAUCUCCUGAAGAGACAACUCCGAAGUCGACAUACCGCUUCGGCACACCGUUCUCGGAGAUGGAUGUCCCUGUCACUGCAGUUCCCCUCGGCCCUAUUGCGCGCGACGCCUCACAGUCUGUCCCUCCUGACAUGAACUACCGCACAAGCAACCACCACAAUAAUAACUUCUCCCGCCCCCACUCACAGUCUCGUGCUUCAUCUCGUCGCCCCUCCUUCCCUGUGCUGCCAGCCGUCAGCGAACACAACAUCACCCGCCAAUACUCGCAAACGCCAUCUCCACAGCAAGUGUCGCCAAGCCUAUCUGAGGGUGCACAGCGUGCCCUUCAGGCGCCUCCUCGUGGCAACUACCCGUGGACUGCUGCGGACCGCGCAAAGUUCGAGCAGGUGCUUCCUCCAGGUAGCACGGUCGCCUUUGCGACACCUGGUGCUGCCGAUGGUGUGACCUUCCAGGGUCCUAUGAAGAAGCGUAAGACCCGUAUGCUGCGUCACGAGUGGCAAGACGGCUACUUUACGCUCAAAGGUACCCGCCUGAACAUGCACAAGGACAACCGUGCCGUGGACCGUACGCUGGAGUACAUCGACAUUGAUGACUAUGCCAUUGCCUGCUCCAACGCCGCGUCCACCUCCAAGCUCACUGCCGCCUUCAAGGCCGUCAAUAUUUCCUCCCACAGUCGUGAGAAGAGUGACCCUGUUGGUGCCUUUAGCUUCCAGCUAAUUCCCCAGGACAAGAACGGUACUCGUCUGCGCAAGCGUGACAGCUCUGUUCCUGCCACUAUCCCACCCGAGGGCGUCAACGGCACAGGCAAGACUCAUCACUUCGCAGUCAAGAACCGCGACGAGCGUAUUGACUGGAUGCGUGAGAUGAUGCUUGCCAAGGCUAUGAAGCAAAAGGGUGCCGGCUUCGAGAUCUCUGUCAACGGCAACAUGAUCUAGACUGCUCCAUCUACCUAUCUAAUCUUAUUUCCUGUCGUCUUGCAUCGUCUGGUCUUUCCACAGCCCCCCCCAUUCAUUGCAUUUCUUUUUCUGUUUCAUCUACUGGGUCGGUUAUCUGCAUUUCACAGUUCUCUUACAUUCACAACGCUUCAUUGCAUUCUACUACAUGCUCUCCUUGACGGACUAGCUCUUGCGCAAGCUUGGAUACCAAUUUGUGGUUGUUUAUCAUUUACACUCUUCUUUCCUAUUUGUCUUUCCUAGGUAAAACUAGUUAGCUCAAUGACCAAAAAAAUGUUGAACAACAAUUCCAAUCACUUCGUCACACAGGUGAAUACUCAGCGCCGUAGAUUAAUCCAAACUGCCAUUCUCAUCACAACUUUGUACACAUAAAAUCACACCAUGUUCACAAGACAGGUAAGGAUGGUUUCUUUUUAUUCUCCAAAGUAUACAAGGACACAAAAAAUGAUAAAAGGUAUUGUACAGCGCCGCGGACCGUCUACGCCGCGGGUGAAGCGACCUCAGUCGCCCAGAAAAGGGAUUCCUCCCCAUCUUAAAAUUAAACCAUGAUGUUGCUUUUUUCCCGAUCAGCCUUCCAGAUUCCUUUACUCAGCUGACUUGAAGUCGACCCGGUAAGCGCCAGCCUUCUGAGCAACCUUUUGCCAAUCAAUUAGCGCCCACCAGGCCUCUGCAUAGGCCAUCUUGCCACCGUUACCACCAGCACCAGUUCCCCAGUCAAGCAGCCAGGCGUGCUCCCAGGUGUUGAGGCACAAGAGGGGCUCGAGGUCAACACCACCAGGAGGCAGCUCGCUGCCGCGCUUCUUGCCACCAAAGGCCUGGUUGCUGAAGUAGUUCUUGGCGGAGCCCGUCUGGCCAACAGUGUUCAUGUCAGCAGGCUGGGCGCGCCAGUGGGCACCGGGAUACGGCGAGCCGGCGAGGUAGGUGGACAGGAUGCGGUACUGGCUGGGGCCGGACUUGACGAGCCAGACGAAGCCGGGGCCGAACAUGGCGGACGCGGUGAGGACGAGUUCGCGCUUCAGCGUCUCGAUGGAGGAGAAGGAUGCCUCUAGCUCCUUCUUGAGGAUCUCGGGCAUGGGUGAGCCGGUCGGGGAGAUGCCGUCGAAGAAGAAGUGGUUGUUGUGGGCCAUCGAGGCGUAGUUGAAGAUGGGUGCUUGGUUGGGCUCGCGGGCCGUCAUCAGCGCAAUCGUCUUGGUGUCUUUAUCUUCGAGCUCGGUGC